AUGGGGGACAUCGCAGCCCGUCAUGGUGCCCGACUUGCCACUGAUGACUCUGCAGCUGUCGCGCAGGUCGCAGUCCACCGCAGUCCUACGACUCAAAUAACAGACAUGGACGACGAUAUUACCGCGAUUGUGCUCGACAACGGGUCUGGGAUGUGCAAAGCUGGAUUUGCUGGCGACGAUGCGCCGAGAGCAGUUUUCCCGUCUAUUGUCGGCCGUCCGCGCCAACAAGGGGUCAUGGUUGGAUUCGGGAACAAGGACUCGUAUAUUGGCGAUGAAGCACAAGCCAAGCGAGGGGUCCUAUCUUUACGGUACCCCAUUGAACAUGGCAUAGUCACCAACUGGGACGACAUGGAGAAGAUCUGGCACCACACCUUCUUCAACGAGCUCCGCGUCGCGCCAGAUGAACACCCCGUUCUCCUCACCGAGGCCCCGCUCAACCCAAAAAACAACAGGGAGAAGAUGACGACGAUCAUGUUCGAGACGUUCAAUGUCCCCGCCUUCUUCGUCCAAAUUCAGGCGGUGCUCUCGCUCUACGCCUCUGGCCGGACGACGGGCAUUGUCAUGGACUCUGGCGACGGUGUUUCGCAUGUGGUGCCGAUCUACGAGGGGUUUUCGCUUCCGCAUGCAAUCCAGCGGCUCGAUGUUGCUGGGAGGGAUGUCACCAGCGCGCUGCAUGAGGUUGUGAGGGAUAUCAAAGAGCGGUUAUGCUAUGUCGCGCUCGACUUUGAGGACGAGCUCAGGAAGGCAGCAGAGUCUUCGGCAUUGGAGAAGAGCUACGAGCUUCCGGAUGGUCAUGUUAUCACCAUUGGUAGUGAACGCUUUCGUGCUCCCGAGGCGCUUUUCCAGCCAUCGAUGCUCGGGCUGGAGUCCCCGGGUAUCCAGACCAAGACCUACGACUCGAUAAUGCGCUGCGACCUCGACAUUCGGCGCGAUCUCUACAACAACAUUGUCCUUUCGGGGGGCACGACGAUGUUCCCCGGCCUGGCAGACCGAAUGCAGAAGGAGAUGACCGCCGUCGCUCCCGCCAGCGUCAAAGUGCGCGUUGCCGCCCCGCCCGAGCGCAAAUACUCUGUCUGGAUCGGAGGCUCGAUUCUCGCGUCGCUCAGCACGUUUCAGAAUAUGUGGAUUUCCAAGCAGGAGUAUGAUGAGAUGGGGCCGGGAAUUGUUCAUCGCAGUAAGUGCAUAUUUUGUUGGGAGAAGCGAAGGCUUAUGGGUUUUACAGAGUGCUUCUGA